UCAAGCACUGAUGCAUUGCUUUGCCCCACGCCUCGGAGAGCUUAGUAUUUACUGUAUUGAUGUAAGUCACAGAAUUGCAAAGUAUUUGUAUAACAUUUACGUUUUUGCCAGUCAUUGUUUAAAUUGUAGUAGCACUACCGGUUUUACUAUCAUGUCUGGAACUGGAUUAAUCUACGAUGAAGAAAUGACUCGGUACAAACUUCUCUGGACUGACCCGGUAUGUAAGAUCGAGGUACCUGAGCGGUUAACGGUUAGUUACGAGGCGCUGAAGUGCAGGGGUUUGGAGCAGAGGUGUGUGUGUGUUCCCACUCGCCAAGCAACUGAUGAGGAAAUCCUGCUAGUUCACAGUAAAGAGUAUCUUGAAGCUGUGAAACAAACCCCACACAUGAGCUUGGAGGAUCUGUUGACCUUCACUCAGCAGUAUGGUGACGUUUAUUUUCAUCCCAAUAUCUACCACUGUGCUCAGCUGGCGGUUGGUGCUGCACUGCAGCUGGUGGACAACAUUAUGACUGGAAAAGUGAGGAAUGGAAUGGCUCUUGUAAGACCCCCUGGUCAUCACAGCCAGCGGAGUGAAGCCAAUGGUUUCUGUGUGUUCAACAAUGUGGCCAUAGCUACCCUCUACGCCAAGAAACACUAUAACCUCAACAGGGUGUUGAUUGUGGAUUGGGAUAUUCAUCAUGGACAGGGAGUGCAGUACUGUUUUGAAGAAGAUUCCAGUGUACUGUAUUUCUCAUGGCAUCGCUAUGAGCACCAGCGUUUCUGGCCCAACCUUGCUGAGUCGGACUAUGACAGUGUGGGGAAGGGUAAAGGAACUGGCUUUAACAUCAACCUGCCCUGGAAUAAGGUGGGAAUGACAAACAGUGACUACCUCUCAGCUUUUUUCCAUGUCCUCUUGCCAAUUGCAUAUGAGUUUGAUCCUGAGCUGGUGUUUGUCUGUGCAGGGUUUGAUUCUGCCAUAGGGGAUCCAGAGGGUCACAUGUGUGCUUCUCCAGAGAUUUUUGGCCACCUUACCCACCUGUUGAUGUCUCUGGCCGAGGGCAAAUUAUGUGUUGUCUUGGAGGGCGGCUACAACUUGACAUCUCUUGCUCAGUCAGUUUGCCAAACCGUACAAACUCUGCUUGGAGAUCCCACACCAGUGCUGAAUGAUAUCGGUCCCCCAUGUCACAGUGCCCUGGAGUCUGUUCAUAAUGUUCGAGCUGCUCACCAGAAGAACUGGGGCUGUCUCAAACACACAGUCUGCCCUGUCUCAGAGCCGAGCUCCAAGUACUGCAGAGUGGAGGAGAGAGAGGAACAGCAGGAAGAAGAGACAACUGAACAGCUAGUCUGGCCUGAACCCUCACCUAGAGAUGCACCUCCUGUGCACACAGCUGCCCUGAUCUCUAAAGAACAGGAGGACUUGCUCACAGAAGCUUGUCAGCGUCUGGGCGAAACAUCACCAAAGUAUAUUGAGGAGGCAGAGAAAAUCAGGAAUAAACAUUUUCAGGACAUAACUGAUAAGAAGUUCUUACAGUGCAUCCAGGAUGUUGUUUCACUUUUGGAGAAAAUCAGGAACAAAGAGGUGCGAAACGGCUUGGUUAUGGUGUCUGAUGUGUUUGUAUCUCUGAAGUGUGCUGUGGAGCAUGCCAUAAACUCACUGUCUCAGCGGAUUUUGGUGCUAUUUGUUGGGGAGGGUGAUGUUCCAGUAGACACUAAAGAUGGGAGAGUACUUUUGGUGCAGAUCUGCAGAAAAGAGCCUGAUGGUGUGAGCUCACUCUAUCAUGUACCUGUGUGUCUGAACAAGGAUGUGUUCUCCAGUGCGAGUGUCAUGGCCGCAGUGUUGGGUCUGCUCCUGCCUUUGGCAUAUGAGUUUAAUCCAGGCUUGGUGCUGCAGGUCAUGGCAGAGGGCAGUGGUAUGUUGGAGGUGCCUGUCUGGGCACAGCUUACCAGCCUGCUGCAGGGGGUAGCACAGGGCACAACUCUGGCACUGCUCAAGGGCUGUGACAGAGACAUGGUGAGGGCUACAGGAGCCUCUCUCUCUGGGGCUCCUGCUCCAUCCCUUGGGCCUCUGGACCCUCCUCUGACUAAAGAUGUGGAGGCUAUAGAGGCACAGAGGCAGAGACUGCAGAAGCAGUGGGGUCUAUUGUUGAACACAACACAAAAAAAUGGAACAGCGAGUCAGGACAGAUGAAGAUUCCCCCUGCAAAAGAAUAGAAGAUUUCUAUAAGCAAAGGAUAGCGGUCACCCAAUUAAUGAUGGGUGACAAUUUUAUUUUUGUUUUUACAACCCAGAUUCCAACGUUAGGAUGGUGUAUCAAACAUAAAUAAAAACUGAAUGCAAUGAUUUGCAAGUCAUUUUCAACCUAUAUUCAAUUGAAUACAAAGACAAGCUAUUUAAAUUUCAAACUGAAACUUUUUUUUUGUAUAAAUAUACACUCAUUCUGCAUUUGAUGGCUGCAAAACAUUCCAAAAAUGUUGGGACAGGGAAACGAGUGGGAAAGUUGUGGAAUGCUUAAAGACCUGUUUAGGACAUUCUCCAGGCAAACAGGUUAAUUGGCAACUGGAAAGGCUCAGUCGUUCACAAGCAUGGAUUUGUGAAAAACUGCAUGGGCAAACAGUUUAAAACAUUUCUCAACGUGCAUUUCUCACAAGGAAUUUAAGGAUUUCACCAUCAAAAAUCCAUAAUGUCAUCAAAGGAUUCAGAGAAUCCAGAGAAAUCUCUAUGCAAGGGGCAAGGCCGAAAACCAGUAUUGAACACCCGUGACCUUUGAUCCCUCAGGUGGCACUGCAUUAAAAACCGACAUGACUGUAUAAAGUAUAUUCCUACAUGGGCUCGGGAACACUUUGGAAAAGCAUUGUCGAUAAACACAGUUCAUUGCUGCAUCUGCCAUGUAAAGCAAAAGCCAUAUAUCCACAACAUUCAGAAUCGUUGCCAAAUUCUCUGGGUCUGAGCUCAUCUGAGAUGGACUGACGCAAAAUGGAAAAGUAUGCUGUGGUCUGACAAAUCCACAUUUUGAAUUAUUUUUUAAAAUAAUGGACAUUUAUGUCUUCCAGGCUAAAGAGGUAAAGGACAAUCUAGACCGAUACAAGCACAAAGCUCAAAAGCCAGCAUCUGUGGUGGUAUGGGUAACUUGCACAUCUGUCAAGGCACCAUGCUAUCAUCCAUAAGACUUCUUUUUCAGGGAUAUCCCUGCUUAUUCCAGUGAGACAAUGCCAAGCCACAUACUGUAGUAAGAGUGCAGGUGCUAAACUGGCCUGCCAGCCUCCCAUUGGAAAUGUUUGGCACAUUAUGAAGCAUAAAAUAUGACAACCGAGACCCUGGACUGUUGAGCAGCUGAAAUUAUAUAUCAAACAAGAAUGGGAAAGAAUUUCACCUGAAAGAAUUUCAGUUAGCAUCCUCAGUUCUCAAACGCUUACUUAGGGUUGUUAAAAGAAAAGGUGAUGUAACACAGCAGUAAGCAUGCCCCUGUCCCAACUAUUUUGGAGCAUGUUGCAAGCAUCAAUUUCAGAAUGAGUGUAUAUUUACAAAAGACAAAGUUUCAGUUUGAAUAUUAAAAGUCUUUGUGUUGUUUUCAAAUGGGUCAAAAAGGACUCUCAAAUAAUUUGCAGUUUGUUUGUUUUACACAAUGUCCCAACAUUGUUGGAAGUAUGUAUGUUUAUUUUUUGGUGGGUGGUAUGUAUGAGAACUGGCUUUAAACGUGACAAUGAUAUUCUUAUUAGAACACGUUUUAUAUGUAUAGAUUUGAUGGAUGAUUAAAUCCCCCAUUGCCACAAUGAAAAAUGUAAAGUCUGUCCUGAUUUAGUAAAAGAGAAUGAUUAGCAUAAA